AAAACAUGAUAUUUUCUGUUUGGAUACUUUAAAAUGAAAUGAAAUGAAAAACAAAACUGCAGAGAGGUAGAAAUUUGAAAAAUAAUAAUAAUCAUUAUUGAUUACCGUGUUGAAGUUUAAUCGCAGUUAAGAAGUUUAGAAAUACCGAACAAUGAUAUAUUCUGUUAUUCAACUUCUAUUAUUUAUUCAAACAAUAAUGUAAAUAGCAAGCAAUCAUUUUAUGAAGUUAAAGAAAGUAUUCACUUCACAUUCUUAAGUUAGUGGACACUCUCCACUUUUCUAUAAAGCUGGUGUUAAAUCUGCUAUUGAGUGCAUUUUUUCUCGCUGCUGCAUACAUUAUGGAUUUAGAAAUAGCAGGAGCGUUUUGUUUUAUGCCAUUACUGAUGGUGAUAGCCGCUCAGGGAUGGGCUUGGAUGAUCUGUGUAUUUGUUUGUUUACCUUUAUUUUUUAUAAUUUAUUAUUACAAAAUAGCUUCAAAAUCGCGGACUCGAUUGUUUUUUGGUUGGAGUCUUGUGUCGUUCUUUUUUCUUCUUGCCAUAUUUGAAUUAGAAGUUGUACCCUAUUUAGAAAUUCUUUUCAUUGAGAAUUUUGUUCUCAUGUGUUUUGUUGCCUGUAUGUGCUUGUGUGUAUUUUUUGUCAAGUCUAAUUCUCAGACGACUCUUCCCAUUGCAAUAACCUCUGACAGAUAUGAGUCUAAAAGUGAGAUAAAAAAGAUCAGAUGUGAAGCAUGUGCUUGUGCUCAACCUUCAAGAACAUAUCACUGUGAGUUGUGUGGAUUUUGUGUCCAUAAAAGAGAUCACCAUAGCAUCUGGUUGGAUACCUGUAUUGGCUCCAAAAAUCAGAAAUAUUUCAUGGGGGCUCUGAUUGCAUUACUUUUGUCAUGCUUUUAUAGCAGCAAUUUGACUUUAACAACGAUUUGUCAUCCAACUCUCCUGGGAGGAAUACUUCUUGUCCCAGAUGAUUGCAGUGAUGUUUUUGGUGACAUACAUAUUUCCAUUUGCUUUGUGAGUGCUGUUUACACGCUGAUGAUAGCAGCUCUUGGAAUUUUCCUUCUUUCUCAACAAUUUUGGCUCAUAUCCCACAAUACAACAUUCCAAGAAUGGAAACAAGGGCAAAUGGGCCUAUACAGUAAUGGAUGCUUCCGAAAUGUCUGGGAAUUUUUCUGUGGUUACACCUAGACUGUGGUGUUAAAAAAAAGUAUAUAAAACAAUUGUAUGUAAAUGUCACACUUUAUUUCAUGUAUAUAAAAAAUAUGUUUAUUUUAUAUUUAUUGACAGAUUUUAUUGAAGGUGUUUUAAUUUUUUUGAUCUGAUGGGAAGUUUUGUUUAAAAUGGAGGCUUUUUAAAAUUAUUGACCAGAAUCUGAUUAUUUAGAGGUCACAAAAGAUUAGGCAGCUCCUUUUUUGGCUUUCACAAAACUGCAAUAUGUGUAUUAUUUGUUGAGAUAUUUCAAAUUAUGAUUUCAAAAAUAUUUGUAAGAGUGAUGAAAAAUUAAUAUUAUUAAGUAUUAAUGUUAAAAUAUGAGCGCUAUUUUACCAUAAAAUAGUCAAAUUUUUCAUAUUUCAAAUCUCACUGUUAUUUGUUAGAACUAGUUUUCCCACAACUACUGAAAAAUGAAAUAGAUGUCAGUUUCUAUGAAACAUAAAAUGUAAUGUGCAUCUAGCACUCAUAAUAAUUAAACAAUUUAAAAAAAUUGUUAUUAAUAUAUAAAAAAAGAAACUUAAUCUGAAUGUGAGUAUCAACUAUUCCUGUAUAAAUAUCUACAAAGUCUAUAUAACACCAUCAAGUCAAGAAUAAAAGUCGCACAAAAAAGAUCUAAGAUUAAUUGCACAUCUUACUUGUCAUUUAUUUUAUUAUUCAUCUUACAAUUUAAUGGAUGACAUGUUUUCUAUAAGUUGUAUGGCAACUUCAUAAAUGGAAGCUAAUAUAUUUUUAAUCCUCUCAUUGUGAAUAAUAUGAUUCACUAUUAAAAUAUAUUUCAGGUUUCUAGAAAUUUCACUUGUCAGAGUGGUUUUGAAAUUGAAAAUAUGCUGUCAAAGUUUCAUUUUUGUGAUUAUAAAAGACAACAUCUCUAGGCACACUGUAUAAACAUGGCACGACUUUAACUGUAGUUUAGCUGAAGCUUAAUAUUUAGCAGUUAAUCAUUUACAGAAUAAUUUGAUGAAUUUGGAGAUUGUAAUUUAAAUUCUUAGUUGGGAUUUUUUUAAAUAUUUUUUAUUUUAAUAGAAAGGAAUGUCAAAGUUAGUAAAA